AUGGGCUUUUUCGACCACCUCCAAAAAGGAGGGGGGGCCUUUACCCUACAGCCGCAGAAAACUCAAGUCCGCAAAGUCGUUCAGACACGACCAGCAGCGAAAGCAAAAUCUGCCACUCAAACCCCCACAAACGGCUCACCUCGCGUCCCAUCAUCAUCGGAGCGGAGCCGCAAGGUGCCCGCGGUCAAAGUUCGAUCAGUCUCGAGUGACCCAGACGCCCAUCCCUCUAAACGACUCAACACCCCAUCACGCUCUCGAAAACGCCCAACCCCCGAACAACGGCUGUCGAGUGAUGACGAUGUCAGCGAUAGCGAUACAUCCUUCGAGGUGCGCAAGCGUGCGCGGACCAGUGCUAGUGCGGAACCAGAUCCCGAGAGGCGGAUUCGCUCGGUGAAGGCAUUUUCGGAGGAUGGAGCGCGUCCAUUCAAGAUGUGUCAUGCCACCGAUAUCACCUCAGGCCAGAAGGCUGGGAAAUUUAAGCCGGCGUUUGGGGUCGAAGGCAAGCCUGCUGAGAUUCGCUUGCAGUACCCGAGUGCUUCGCAGAAAGAAAGAUUCGACUGCGUGGUACCUCGCGAUAAUGACGAAUUCCGACCGAUUGACGAUAUCGUUCAGGUCAUCGAGACCGUCGCCGAUAACUAUAUACCCGAAGAAGAAGCGGCGGAGUUCAACGAUGAAACUACUGGAAUCAAACGGCGAUUACGCAGAGCUAUUGCUGUGACCUCGGAAGCUCAAUUCCGGGAGGCUGUCGGCGAUUACAACAAGGCGAUUGAACGCUUAAGAAUGAACGGCAGCCUUGCAAAGCAUUUGAAUGCAACUCAGCGCAUUGGUUUGCCCUGGGUAGAGCGGAUCCUAACUCAAACUUAUUCGCGCACUGUUUCUCCUCGAGUGGAGUCUCUUCGCCAAUAUGAAAAUGGCACUGAUAAUGUGUAUGGCGAGCUUCUCCCCCGCUUCAUCAGUAACAUCUUCAAAGAGACCAAGUUAAAGUCGGGUCAGGUCUUUGUCGACUUGGGAUCCGGUGUCGGUAACGUCGUCCUUCAGGCGGCGCUUGAGAUUGGCUGUGAGAGCUGGGGUUGUGAGAUGAUGAACAACGCCUGUGAUUUGGCAGAAUUGCAGCAAUCCGAGUUCAAGGCUCGUUGUCGACUUUGGGGCAUCGCACCAGGCAAGACUCAUCUUGUCCGGGGCGAUUUCUUGGAACAGGAAAGUAUUGUCAACGUCUUGAAGCGUGCCGAUGUGAUUCUCAUCAACAACCAAGCAUUCACACCGCAACUCAACAAUGAGCUUAUUAAUCACUUCCUUGAUAUGAAGGAAGGUUGCAAGAUUGUCUCACUAAAAUCUUUUGUCCCUGCCGGCCACAAGAUUCAGUCUCGAAACCUGAACUCUCCAAUCAACCUCCUCAGAGUCCAGCAGAAGAACUACUGGUCCAACAGUGUGAGCUGGACCGAUGUGGGUGGCACAUACUUCAUUGCCACCAAGGACAGUUCUCGACUCAAGGCCUUUGCGGACGGCACUUUAUGA